AAAAACGCAAAGAAUUCAGCCAUGAGUCGCCUGCAGAAGCAGCAUUACGAGAUCUUGAGCAGCGGUCCAAGUAAGUCGCGUCGCAAGAAGCAGCCCAAUCCCCGUGAAUUGGCGUCACCGACCUUUGAGGAGCAGGAUCAGGUGGUCCAGACUCAACUGAACGGUCAUCUCAUGGCCAAUGGCAAUGGCAAGAAGCGGAAGAAUAGUAAAUCCGAAGCGUUGACCAACGGCAAGAAGUCCAGACCGAAUCCCGAGGGUUCUGGUUCGGGAUGUGGCAAAACCUUGGCCUAUAACAACAAUAAUAAUAACAAUAACAGCAUCAGUGCCACCAAUGGUCAGUACAACAAGACCAGCAAUAAGACGACAUCAACAUCUGGAAGGGACUACAAUUAUCGGGAGACCAUAUCGCCGCCAACACCUCCGUCUCCGCCAUCCACAAAUGUGGCGGAAAUUGUUUGCAUCUCGGAUGCGGAGAGCGACGAGGAACGCGAUCCGGAGCGGGACUACUACGACCACGAUACGGAGGAGGAGGAGCCGAACGGCAUAGGGAUCGAUGAGUCCCUCGUCAGCAAGUCGAAGACCAGCAAGUCCAACAAUGCAGCUGCAGCGGCGGCGGCUGCAGCAGCGGCAGCAGCAGCAUCGCUGGCCGCCACAUCGACCACGGCCUCCUACGCCAUGCCCACCAGCAAUAGUACGCCCCUGGAUCUGGACAAUGAGGCGCAUCAGAGAGACCUGGAGACGGUCACCGAUCUGCGAUCCUAUGUCAAAUUGUACAGUGAUGAGGCCGUGAGUCUGAAUGACUUCAAAAUAAUACGCGUUCUUGGUACAGGUGCUUAUGGACGGGUUUUCCUCGUUCGCAAGCUGACUAGACACGAUGCCGGAAAAUUGUAUGCAAUGAAGGUUCUCAAUAAGAUAACGGUUGUCCAAAAGCGUAAAACAGCCGAACACACCAAAACGGAGCGAGUGGUACUGGAGGCCGUUCAGCGUAGUCCCUUCCUCGUGAGUCUCCACUACGCCUUUCAGUCGUCCUCGAAGCUUUAUCUGGUGCUAGACUUUGCCAAUGGCGGAGAGCUCUUCACGCAUCUCUACCACGCGGAGCACUUCGAGGAGUCCCGGGUGCGGGUGUACAUAGCCGAGGUGGUGCUGGCCCUGGAGCAACUGCAUCAGCUGGGUAUCAUUUAUCGCGACAUUAAGUUGGAGAACAUUCUGCUCGAUGGCGACGGACACAUUGUGCUCUCCGACUUUGGACUGUCGAAGAUCCUCACCGCCGAGAAUGAGUAUCGGGCGCACAGCUUCUGCGGCACCCUGGAGUACAUGGCGCCGGAGAUCAUCCGGACGGGUCCGCCGGGUCACGACAGCGCCGUGGACUGGUGGUCGGUGGGCGUGCUCACCUUUGAACUGCUCACCGGCGGCUCGCCAUUCGCCACGUCCGACGGACAGAGCCAGCAGUCGGAGAUCUCGCGACGAAUCCAGAAGGAGCAGCCACUGAUCCCCUCCUCGUUCAGCGCCAACGCGCGAGACUUUGUGCUGAAGAUGCUGGAGAAGAAUCCAAAGCGGCGUCUGGGCGGUAACCAUCGCGACGCCAGCGAAAUCAAGGAACACCCCUUCUUCCACGGCAUCAACUGGCAGGAGCUGCGCAACAAGCGCCGCAAAGCUCCCUACAAGCCCACCCUCACCUCCGAGGACGAUGUGCAGAACUUUAGUGCCGAGUUCACUGACCAGGUGCCCGAAGAUCCCGAGUGUGAUGCCCCGCCCAGCCGGAUCCGGCUCUUCCGGGGCUACACCUAUGUGGCGCCGGAGCAUUUGGAGCAGAUGCGACGGGAUAAUCAUUGUCAGAUCCAAUACUGUAAUCCAGGACUUCAGAAUAUACCCUCACGACCGGAUGACCUGGACUUGGGCACCCGCAAGGAGAGUGGAGCCUAUGGCACCUGCCACUUUGUGUUGGACAGCUCCUCGGAAAUGGUGUUCAUGGCCAAGGUCAUACCGCUGUCCAAGUUCCGUCCCUCCGAGGUGGACGCUUUGAUCUCGUGCGCUCUGGACACGAGCAGCCAUAAGAACAUCGUGAGCUACCAUGGGACGUUUAGGGACAAGUGCGAGACGUGGAUCAUCAUGGAGGUGCUGUGUGGCAAGGAGCUGACCGCCACAAUCGGCAUGGAUGAGGAGUCGUGUCGGGAGAUCUUCCUGCAGUUGGUCAUGGCCGUUCGACACAUACACUCCAAGCACUUUAUACACGGUGACCUGAAGCCGGAGAAUGUGAUGUUUGUGAGCCGGGAGGAUAAGUCAAUCAAGGUGGUUGACUUUGGCAAUGCCUGUUACAAUAAUCGUUUCCAGAGCUGGAAGGACAAGCCGCGCUAUACGCUCGACUAUGCUCCGCCGGAAAUGCUCGCUGAUGCGAAUCUCGUCACCUAUUCACCUGCAGUGGAUAUCUACGGUCUGGGGGCCACGCUGUACACCAUGCUGGUGGGUCAUCAGCCGUACAGGCAGAACGUGGACGAUGUGGAGCACAACGCCGCCGCCCAUCACGAGCUGCGCAAGCGUAUGCGUCGGGAGACGUUUAACCAGCGCUCGAAGCGUUGGCUAAACGCCAGUCCUGCCUUCCGGCAUUUGGUUGGAUGGUGUCUGCAGCGAGAUCCUGCCGACAGGCCCUCAUUGUCUGACAUCCUCGACAGCGAGUGGCUGCAGUAUGGUACCAAUGAUCCGGAUGUUGACAUAAUUGUACCACCCGAACAGCAGGUGGUUGUGGACCUCAGCGAGGACACUAUGGAGCAGCCGACGUCAGGUAUGUUAGACCAGGAGCAGGAACAGCCAGAGCCAGAAUCCACGUUCGAGAAGUCGGCGGAGGAUGAGGGCGUUAUCCUUGUUAGCGAGCCCACGGAUGCACCUAGUUUAACUGCGGCAGUUGCUCCUCCUGCUUCCGAUGACGAAGAUAUGUUGGUGCACGAACGAUUUGAUCCGGCCUUCGAGGUGCAAACGGAAUUCUACGGUUUCGACGAGGAUGCGCCGCCCCUGCGUCUUCCAGCGGAGUACUAUGCCGAAUUGCCUCUGCCUCAAGAGGAGGAUCAGCAUCAUAUGCCACCACCACCACCUCCGGCUCGUCUUGAAUCGGAAGCGACUAACCGAAGGCCCCGAACUCGCCAGCAGCGUCGCACUGAGAGCCAGCUGUUACAUCCGGUCACCGCUGCGCCACCGGAGGACAGCAAGGCUUCGCUGCGCCUGCUGAUGCAACAGCUUCCGCCGCCAGCUGACAUUGUCGUCGCACGCCUGCCCAAGAGAACUCAGCGCGUCGUACGCACAUUGCCGCCGUCUUUCGGAACGACCAAGCGAGAGGAAAAUUUCUAUGGAUUCAGCAAGACGGCCAACACGUGGCGUAAGACAAGAGCCAGCUGGCGGCACUUCUGCCUGCUCAUCAACGGUGUGCAGCAGGUGCUCAAGAUACGGUUCAAGAAAACGCGGCGCGUCUACUGUUUGCCCAACAUAAAGCUGGAAAAGGUGGACCAUGCGUACGAGAAGCCGCUGACCUUCCCGAGGCCCAAGGCGCAGCUGAAGCGCGCGAAGAAGGAGCCCAAGGUGCCGCGGCCACCGACGCGAGUGCAGCCGGAGAGGGCGCGGGCGCUGCGACAAAUGUAUCAGUUCCAAUGACAUGAGGAUGACGAGGAUGAUGUGGAGGUGGUAGAGAUCAAGGACGAGCCGCUGGACGAUGGGGAGGAGCAACUGCAGGCGGUGCUGCAGUGGGAGGGCGACUUCAGGAGGACACGGAUGUACAGCUGACGACGGACGCUGACCGAAUGGCCACCCCAGGACAACGACGACCAGACACCGGCCAAAAUAGAGGGCCAACCAAUCAACCACUAACACACCACUCCUCGCCUCACUAACAGUCGAGAGAGCAUGAGUGGAAGGAUCCGCAAGACGCACCAAAGAUCCUGUCAAUAAUUAUUUUCAAUUUUGUUAUGCAUUAGACUACUAAGUUGAGAACUCAUUUUGCCUAUCAAUUUCAAUCAACCACUGAAAACGGAAACCAACUUAACACUUAACAUUAUAAAAGGAGGGUAUACCGCACCGUCCUUAUAAGUGUAUUCUAUAUGCAAUUUGUUGUGCUAGUUAAUUAUUUGAAUAGCCUAAAUGUAAAAAAGUCAGACACAAAAACGGAAACUAUACAAAGGCAACUUUUUGCAUUGAUCUUAGAGCGGUUAAGACACACACACAAUAAAAAAAUAUCGACAACAGAACACAAUCAUUAAUAACAUUAGUACGAUUUGCAAUUAGUUUAGUGCAAAAUUAUUUUUAAGCCAAACAGUGAGAAAGAAACAUAUGCAGCCCCCUUAUAUGUUAAGUUUUACUAUAUUUUUUAUUUUCCUAAUGUUGCAUUCUCAGUACUAUCAACUAACUCAAAAUCCUGACCAGCAGCAUGUAUUGCCGACCGCAAUCGGAAUUAACUAAUCCAUUUAAUCCCGAUUGCGCUCGGCAAUGUUUCCUAAUUGCAUUAAAUCAUUUCAGUUAAAACUAAAGGAAAAAAGAAGCAACGCCCGAAGAUCCAUUUCCACAUGAAACUGCGAAGUUCUUCUUUGAGGCCUAGCCAAAAACAAUGCGUUUUUUGCCCACGAAAACUGAUCAAGAAUCGCAAAUAGUCGUAGAGUUGUUGAUGGCAAACCAACUCUUUAUUGUUUUGUUAAGUAUUUUUUGAUUGUUUAUUUUAAUUAAUUUAAUUUGCCGAAAACCUGUAACUAAGUAAGUUAAAGCAAUGGAAAUCGAUGAAAUCUAAAUAAAAUUUAAAGAAUUACAUUAUUGUAAA